AUGCUAAAUACUAGGAAUAUAAGAUUAGUAGUUGCAGUUUUAGCUAUACUUGGUAUAAUAACAUUUUUUGCAACAUCAAGAAAUUCAAUCGGAGAAUCUAUUCAAAGAGUUAAUAAACCAGCUGCAAACAGUGAUAUUGAAUUAGGAAAGUCUUCUAGUAAUAACAAUGAAAUAAUUGAUGAUAUAUCACAACAAGAACCAAUACAACCACCACCACAAAAAGAUGUUGAAGAUGAUGAAAGUAAAAAUACUUUACAAGGUUCACCUCAUGUAGGUACAAAAGCUCCAUAUGAAAAAGAUGAUAAACCUAAAAAAAUUAUAGCAGAAAAAUUAACUCCAGAAAAUAGUAAUAAUGAAAUUUCAGGAUCAAAUGAUGUACAAAAAAUUACAACACCAAAACAAUCAAAUUUUAAAGGAGAAGCAUGUAAUGACGUUGAUUAUGUUAUAAUGAUAGAUGCAGGUAGUUCAGGUUCAAGAGUUCAUGUUUAUGAAUUUAAUACAUGUGUACAACCUCCAAGAGUAUUAUCUGAAGAGUUUAAAAUGCUUGAACCAGGUUUAAGUUCCUAUGAUACUGAUACUGUAGGAGCUGCAAAAUCAUUAGAUCCAUUAUUAGAAGUUGCAUUACAAAAAGUUCCAAAAAAUAAACAAAAAUGUACACCAAUUGCUGUGAAAGCAACUGCAGGUUUAAGAUUAUUAGGUGAAGCUAAAUCUGAAGCUAUAUUACAAGAAGUUAAAAGACACUUAUUGGAAAAUUAUCCAUUUGCAGUUGUACCAGGUGAUGGUAUUUCCAUUUUAGAUGGUAAAGAUGAAGGAGUUUAUGCAUGGGUCACUGCAAACUUUUUAUUGGGAAACAUUGGUAAUAAAGAUAAAUUACCAACUGCUGCAGUAUUUGAUUUAGGUGGUGGAUCUACACAAAUUGUUUUUGAACCUGAAUAUAAAGAUCAAAUACCAGUAGAAGGAGAAACUAAGCAUAAAUUUUCAUUUGGUGAACAUGAUUUUACUUUAUAUCAAUUUAGUCAUUUAGGUUAUGGAUUAAUGCAAGGUAGAAAUAAAAUUAAUAAAUUAAUAUUGGAGAAACACUUGAAGAAAGAUAAUAGUUUAACUUCAUAUAAAUCCAAAAAGGAAGCUAAAGAAGCAGUUGCAACUACUGAUCUUUUAAAUCCUUGUAUUGCUCCUGAAGUUAUUGCUAAAAAUGUACAAGUCGAAGUAGCAGAUGAUGAAAUUUAUGUUGUUAAUAUGAAAGGUCCAUCACAAGCUUCAGGUGGUUCACAAUGUAGAUUUUUAGCAGAACAAAUAUUAAAUAAAGAAGCAUCGUGUGAUUCAAAACCUUGUUCAUUCAAUGGAGUUCAUCAACCAUCAUUAACUCAUGCAUUUAAUAAAAAUUCAGAUAUGUUCAUUUUUUCAUUCUUUUAUGAUAGAACAACACCAAUUGGUAUGCCAUCAAGUUUUACAGUUGAAGAAUUAAGAGAUUUAACAAAAUCUGUAUGUUCUGGUGAAUCAAUGUGGAAAGAUUUCUUUUUAGAUGAUCAUUUGGUAAAUUUAAAUGAAAAUCCUCAAUGGUGUUUAGAUUUAAGUUUUAUAACUGCUAUGUUACAUACUGGGUAUGACAUUCCUUUAAAUAGAGAAUUACGAACUGCUAAAAAGAUUGAUAAUAAUGAAUUAGGUUGGUGUUUAGGUGCUUCAUUACCAUUAUUAGAUAAAACAAAUCCAUUAUGGAAAUGUAGAGAUUAA